AUGUCUACCAUACAAGAUGUAGAAAGUGCUGCUAUCACACCUAUGCUAGAAGAAUUAAAUACAGCCCUUGAAUCUGCAAUAAUACCGGGUGAUAUAAAUAAAUUAAUAGAGAGAUGUUCUUUAAAUCUAAGCACAUCGAUAAUCCUUAAAGGUGACUCCAAACGUUUAUUAGCGAAUAUAAAAAGAAUGUUAUUAUCAGACGAAUCAGAAAAUAUUUUAGAUUAUGAACUGCUACUGGAAUUGUUACAAAGUUUGAUUGACGUUUCUUCAUUUGAUGAUGUUUUGGAAGUAUUUUCGACUAAUGAUCUCCUAGAUGCUUUGAACUCUGGAAUAACGUCCAUAGUGAGAGCUGCGUGUAAGAUCAUCUCUAAGUCGUAUCCGAAGGGAAUAUUUGCAUCUUCAUUAAUUAUUGAUAUCGUUUUGGAAAUAUUUUUCAAUUUAGAUACUGAGAUAUCAAUAAUUAAUGAUAUUGAGACACUGUUUAAGAACUUAUCAUCGGAUGAAUUGAUUAGAAGAAGGAUACUCGUUAAUAAUCAUCCAUUAUUAAAGAAAAUUAAAAGGGAUUUUGAACCAAAAUCAUUCACAAGAUUGAUAGAGUUAUUGAAAAUCGAGUAUGAGUUCAUUACACCUUCUGAAUUUGAUGAAAGUUUAUUUGUAAUAACCAUUAAUGAAAUAAGGAAAUCAAUAGAAAAGGACAUAUUUAUUUUUAUUAGCAUUACAAAUUACUAUACAUCAUUGGUAGCAAAUAUCGACGCCAUUGGCAUACAUGGAACCAAUCAUAUGUGGGUAAUAAGCUCGAUAGAAUCAACAGUAUAUUUCUAUGGUGAUUUGUUUGCCAAUUUAGAAACAUAUUUUGAGGUUAAGAAUUUUGGAUUAUCGUAUAUGUUUGAAUUAUUCCGCCAAUGUUCGUACCAAAAGAAUGGGGAGUUGUUUCAUACUAUAGAUAAAGCAUAUGUUAAAUUAUCUCAUGAUACUCCUUAUAUAUUGGAAUUUAUGGCAUUCGUCAACCCAAAAUAUUUGUUUAAAUUUCAUCAAACUUUAGUGCACGAUUUUGCAUUAGUAACUCCUUCUAGAUUAGGGAUCUUAAGAAAUAUUAUGGCAGAUCCAGACUGUUUCCUGCUAAUAGAACCCAAAAUUACUUCAGGCAACAUACUGGCACUCCCAUAUAUGGAACAAAUGGUUUUACUGGAAAAAAUGACGCAGUUUAAAUAUGGUGUCGAAUAUUUGAUUCAAUUUUUACCGCAGGUCAUGGCCAAUUUAACUCAAAACUUAAAUGGUGAGGUUACUGAACCUGAAACUGUUGAACUGAGGAGGGAGGCCGUAGAGCAUUUGUUACAAUUUGGUGAACCAGUUUUAAAUGUUUGGUAUAAUCCUUUAAGAAAAUUAUAUGGUAGAAUAGUUAAUGGUGAUAACUAUGAAAAGAAAGUAGAACCAAAAUUGGCAAGUGCAUAUUUAUAA